AUGGUAUUUUUGGUGUCGUUGGAUGCUACAACAUUAGCAGUUGCAAUUCCGGUCAUCACCAGAGAUCUUUCAGGAAGCACUUUGACCGCUUUCUGGGCCAAUAUCUCCUUCACAGUGGCAGUCGUAGUCAUUCAGCCGAUUUAUACAAGCGUGUCCGAUAUAAUUGGCCGCAAAAAGCCGCUUUACGCGGCUUUCGCGCUAUUUGGUAUUGGAUCUAUCGUGUUUUCUGUCGCACACAGUAUGGCAGUCCUGAUUGUGGGACGCGUCAUCCAAGGACUAGGAGGUGGUGGACUUGAUGUACUGAGUGAGGUCAUUGUCGCCGAUAUCACGACUCUCCAAGAGAGGGCAAUCUAUAUCGGACUGCUUUCUCUUCCAAUGGCUGCGGGAUGUAUCGCGGGUCCCAUCCUCGGUGCAGUUUUCAGCGAGUAUGUAACGUGGCGGUGGAUUGGCUGGAUUAACCUACCGAUAAUUGGUGUUGCUCUCUUCCUUGCUGUCUUUUUCAUGCGUCUGAAACCCAUUGAACAGUCCUUUCGCAGUAAAUUUGCUCGAAUUGAUUGGCUUGGUAUGCUUGUCUUCGCCGCCGGCUGUAUUCUCUUCGCCUUACCACUCAGCUGGGCGGGGAAUAUAUACCCUUGGAGCUCUUGGAGAACCAUAGUCCCACUGGUGAUUGGGGUUUUGAUAUUGGUCGCGUUCGCAUUUUAUGAGAGAUAUCCGAGUGAUCCUGUGUUUCCCUACCGUAUCUUCCGCUCUCGAACGGCCUCAAUGACGCUACUCGGAAGCUUCAUUCAUGGAUUCGUCCUUUACACUCUUUUGCAAUACCUGCCUCUGUUUUUCCAGGCAGUAUACUUGGAGUCGCCACUUGAAUCAUCUGUCUCGAUUCUCCCAUUCUGCUGCGUUGUCUUUGUCUUCACGGGCAUCGCCGCGUUCGCCGUUGAUUUCUUUCGAAAAUAUCGAUGGGAAAUUUGGACAGGAUGGGCAUUCCUUGCUGUUGGCUGUGGCAUUUUCUCACUGUGGGAUAGGUCAUCAUCUCUUGCUAUCACAGCUAGUUUCCAGGUGAUCGCAGGAAUUGGCAUCGGUACCAUUUUCAGUGUGCCCCCGAUUCCAAUGCAAGCUAGUGCUCUUCCCGAGGACCAGGGUCUUGCAAUGGGAAUCAUGGUCGUAUUUCGGCUAUUUGGUGCCCUGAUAGGCCUUGCAGUCGGUGCCACCACAUUCAGUAGCGUCUUUGCUAACAGAAUCGACGGCAUCACAUUGCCCGCUUCUGUGGCGUUGUUGAAAGAUCCCAGUCAGGCAGUGAGUUUUAUCCCAUAUGUACGAACGGUUGAUAUUUCGCCUGAGUUGCGAAAUCUCAUUCGAGAUGCAUAUAAAGAUGCCAUGCAAGCUAUUUGGUAUGAGCUUGCCGCGUUUGGUGCAGUGGGUUUUUUGAGCUCGUUAUUUGUGAAGGAGUUGACCAUGGAGACGGAAGAGCUGGGACGGCAACAGUUUGAAGUGUGA